AUGAGUUUGAUAGAUUUAUCGUACGUUGUACCUAAUCGGAAUGGAUAUUUAAACGAGAAUAAAAACUCGUUUAAUCUCUUGAAAAUACCUAUUAAGAACGAGAGUAAAGUAGAGAUCGUAAAUUAUUCUUCAUCCGUGCCGAUUGAACAAUUUUCUGAAAAAAACAAAUCAUCGUUAAUCGAUUACGAUCCAUACAAUAUCCCUUACGUCGAGAUACCCGAUUAUUCCGACGAGAAAGAGGAAAGUUUGGACGAGGAAGAUCGUUUACGUGCUAAACAACGAUACGUUUUAAAUCAAUCGAAUUCUACGAAUUUAUCGAUUGACGCUAUCGACGAACAAACAAAUAUUACGUCCGAUCACGCUCCUCCCGUGGAAAAAAACAAUGAUGUUAACAAACAUCAAAGUCCAUCCUCACGUUUAAUGACUACUACGAACGUCGUCGAAUCAUCGGAAAUUUCGUCGGAGCGCGCGAAGAACGAUUUGAUUAAUCAUCAAGAAUCGAAGAAGAACGAAAAUAACGUCAACGAUACCUCCGAAGUUAAGAAGAAAUCGAACGAAGAAGGACCCGCCAUGUUGGAUAUCGAUUUUGAUAUAAACGAGUAUAGGAAGCCAUUCGAUUUGGAUGAUUUUUUAAAAAACGAACCAUUCUUUCAAAAACUCAAGAAUAACAAUAACAAUAAACGAAACAGUAAGGAACAAUUAUUGGAAGAUAAUAAAAAUAAUUAUUCAUUUAUGACGAAAAAUCCAAACAACGAUAACAAUAAUAACAAUUUUCUCGAUCGUUAUUUUAGCAAGGACGUUAUCGACAAAUUAAAAACAAAUUCGGACGAGAAAAUUCGAGAGGAAAACAGAAGGAAAAAUAUCGAAGAAAAUAAAAAGAGGACCUUAAAAACAUUGUCUUCUAUUCUUGAGAAAAAGGAUCGAAUUUCAAGAUUCGAUGAGGAAGCGAAUAAGGAUAUCGAGGACGGUGUAAAAAAAGCUCCCUCCUUUUAUAAGAAUUAUUGGUCUCUGGAGUACGAGUUGCCUGCCAUGAAGGAUAUAAAAAGAAACGAAGAAAAUAUGAAUUAGAAAGAUUCGUGAAAAGGAAGACA